AUGGCAAGGAAGUGGCAGAAGGUAGCUGCCAGCUGGGGGAAGAGGAUUUCUGUUCCAAGAAUCGAUCAGGGUCUGAAUGCUGACUGUUGUAGUACAUCAUCAGUGGCUGACAAGGGCCAUUUUGUAGUCUACACAGCUGACCGGAAACGCUUUAUGAUUCCACUAGCCUAUCUCAACACACAGAUCUUCAGAGACCUCUUAAAGAUGUCAGAAGAGGAGUUUGGACUGCCUAGUGAUGGACCCAUCACAUUGCUUUGUGAUUCAUUCUUCAUGGAGUACAUUGUUUUCUUGAUACAGAGAAGUGUAGCUAAAGAUUUAGAGAAAGCUUUGCUUAUGUCAUUUGCUAACACUAGGUCCUCUCCUUCUUUCUUUUCCCACCAAGAACAGAUGAAACCGAGAUUCCUUGUUUGCAGUUACUGA